AAAGGCACGUGAUAUAUUUCAACAGAAAACAAGAAUUUAAAAUCAGGGCGAAAUCCCGCCAACGAAAUACCACUUUGUCGUCUUUCGCAUUUUUGUUCUAAGCAGAAUGGAUACAGAAAAUUCAAGGAAAACGAUAGGAUACUGGUGUCUGGAAUAUUGCUGUAAACAAAUUCUGCGAGGCUUCAUCAGAGGAGAUAACGAUGAGGAUUCUGCUGAGGAAAUGUCGUGUUAUUUACAUGUUUCGAGUGAGCUCGCGAAACUUCAGAAUCCUAAAAAGGCAGAUGCCAAUAUGACAACAUGGUUGCUGGUUGCAGAGACUUGUGUGAGGAUUCUUCAAAAGGACUUUGACUUUGAGGGGAAAAAUGCUGCAUUUGAUACAUUUGACCAAUUUUUGACAUAUUUGUGCAAGACAUUCAAGAUUGAGGAUGCUACUUCCAAUAAACUUAUAAACAAAUAUAACCAGAUAUGCUACAAUCAGAUGGAAGAAGAGGAUAAUGAUGCUUAUCACUCAUUUAUAAAAGAUGUGCAACACAUUAUGAAAAUUAUUGAAUCAAAGAUGGGAAAAACAUUUUUGGAGCGGAUAUUUGAAGGUUCUAAUCAGAUGAAGCAAAGUCUUCUGUUUGAUCGAGGGCAAAUGUUCAAUAGUCUUGAUGAGCACCUACAGAUAGAUGGAUUGGAAGACCAAGAACGAGAACGCUGUAGAGAAAGGUUUAUAAAAAAUGAGGAGAUUGGGAAAAUAACACAAGUCGAAAUGUCAAGAGGCAACGUUACUAGAAAACUUUACAAUCCAAGAAGGAAUAUUCUGGAUUCGAUUAACGACGAAUCAAAGGAUAAAUCAAGCGAGCCAAUAGCUGGUCCAGAUCAACAGGCAUCAAGCUCAGAAAAUGAAUUGGAGGAGUCAGAAGAUGAGCUAAUGGAAACAGAAUCUGACGGUGAUCAAGGUCCUAGACAAUCAGCAAAUGCCCCUGGAAAGAGGACAGCACACCAUCGAGACAAGUCCCCAAUAAAAAGAAAAGGGAGAUCAAAGCCGCUGGAAGUAGAAGAGGUUGUCAGUUCCAGUCAAGGUUCCGCUGAAACAAGUGACACACCGGAUGAUCAUGUUACUCAGACAAAUAAAAGUUUACAGGAACGUGUGUCAGAUAAAAGGCGAAAUGCUCCUUCUGCUCGAAAUAAAGUAACAAAAGUCGAUUCGUUUGAGUACGACAGCAUGGAGUCAAAUGAUUCGAUUUUGCAGGAAGCCAAUGUAACCUCAACAGCCAGACAGAAACGACGGCCUUUCUCCGAGGAAGAGGUGGAAUGGCUUCGACGCGGCGUAAAGCGAUAUGGUUUCGGAAACUGGGCGACUAUCCUGCGAAAUUAUCCCUUUCCUUCAAAGCGGACUGCGGUGAACUUGAAAGACAAAUGGAGAAAUAUAGAACGAAAUGACAAAACAAAGUGAACUUCUUUAAUUAGAUGUCUUCUUUUAAUAUCUUAAUUGCUAUAUUUAUAUUUUCAGCUUUUUGUUUUGCUGCAUAUUUUGUCGCCUUUCACGAUCCUUUUAUUUUGAAAAUAAAGGUUUUUCUCGAAAAGAUAUAGGAUCGUGUUUGAUAAAUCUUUUAUGUUAUUGUGUACCUUUUAUCACCACCUGGGACCAGCUCAUGUUAGGAUUGAUAGGAGAUGUGACAGCUACCUUGAAUUUAAGUUACUCACUGCCUUGUAUUCACAAUAUAAUUUUCGAAUGUAUGUACUAGCAUGCCUGCUGUCUGUCUGAAUUUGCGGGAAGUUUCUAGUUUGUCAACAACCCUUUCCUUGGACUCUUGGGUGAUAACUUACCUCCUUUUUAUGGGCUUACAAUGUCACCAACAGUGACGCCACUAAUUUUGUUACAUUUUAUUGCACACUCACACGGAAACAAAUAUGUCCAAUAUAAAUAUUAAUUUGACUGUAUGAUUGAAAAGCUGAAAAGCAUAAUACCUAUUUUUAAAGUCUUUAGCUCUUGGUUCGUGGUUCAGACAAUUUUGCCUUAUUUCAAAUAAUGUAUAUUUACAAUUGAUGAACUUUUAUAUAUAGAUACUUCUGAGCCUGAACACUCCUUUACACCUCAGGUUUUGUGAUGAUCAAUGGUUGCAUUCAUUGCUAGUGAGUGCCUGUUUAUGUUAAAUCAUGGCAACAAUACGCGUUUCCUAAAAACAGACCUACAUCUUGAGGCUAUGAAGGAAAAAAUACAGUAUUUUAAUACAAGUUUGUCUGGUCCAAGCUUAAUUACUUUUGAGUGUUUAUUUCUUACUUGGACUUUUGUGUUGUCAUGAUACUUUUGGACAUUUCUUUCUUUUUAUUUCUAUCUUUGUAAUGUUUACCUGUCGUUACACUUUUUAAGAUUUGCCAUGUGUCGUGUACUUAUUUAAUUUUCUAAAGUUGCGAUUUCUUUUUCUCCAUAUGUUUGAGAUUGGCAUGAUAUGUAUUCAUAAAUUCCUUGGUAGUUUUAUAUAAAA